AUGACUGCCGCAGCUGAGACCACUGUGACCUAUGCCAAGGGCUCCGUAACUGUACCAACCGGUUUAUUCAUAAACGGCGAAUUCGUACAAAGUGUUUCUGGAAAGAAGCUAGCUCUUUCAAACCCUUCUGACGGUCAACUCCUUGCCGAGUUCUACGAAGGUGAUGCCGCUGAUGUCAACCUUGCCGUCAAGGCUGCCAAGGCUGCUUUCGUUGGAUGGAGCAAAGUCCCACCAGCAGAACGAGGACGAUUACUCUCCAAAUUGGCUGACCUAUACGACCGUGACUGUGAUUUGUUGAGUGCCCUCGUUGUACUUGAAAACGGAAAGGACAUCAACUCUGCCAAGGGUGAAGUCGUUGGAUCCGCCAAGUUGUUGCGAUACUAUGCCGGUUGGUCAGACAAGUUACACGGAAAGGUCGUUGAUGUUGAUCCUUCCCUCCAAACCUACACCAGACACGAACCAUUCGGUGUUGUUGGACAAAUCAUCCCCUGGAACGUCCCAAUUGCCAUGCAAUCCUGGAAGUUCGGCCCAGCUUUGGCCUGUGGUAACUGUAUCGUCAUGAAGUUGUCUGAAAAGACCCCCAUGGCUGGUCUCUACGUCGGAAAGCUCGUCAACGAAGCCGGUUUCCCACCAGGUGUCGUCAACUUGAUCAACGGUUACGGUGCUACCGCUGGUUCCGCAAUGGCUUCCCACAUGGACAUUUCCAAGAUUGCCUUCACAGGUUCAACUGCCACUGGACGAAAAAUCAUGGCCAUGGCUGCCGCAUCCAACUUGAAGAAAGUUUCCCUCGAAUUGGGAGGCAAAUCCGCCCACAUCGUCUUCAAAGACGCCAACAUUGACAAGGCUGUCUUCUGGGCCUGUAUCGGUAUCUACGCCAACCAAGGACAAGCCUGCUCUGCUGGUUCUCGUCUAUUCGUACACGCUGACAUCUACGACGAAUUCGUUGAGAAGUUGGGCAAAGCUUCUCAAGCUUGGGCCGUCGGUGAUCCAUGGAACGAAUCUACCCGUAUCGGUGCCAUCGUUGACCAAGUUCAAUUCAACCGUGUCUUGGGAUACAUUGAAGCCGGAAAGAAGGCUGGUGCCAAGGUAGUUACCGGUGGUGGACGUCAAGGUGACAAGGGAUUCUUUGUCCAACCUACCGUCUUUGCCAACGUUACCGACGACAUGGUCAUCGCCAAGGAAGAAAUCUUUGGUCCCGUCGUCGUUGCCCUCAAAUUCACUGACGAAGCCGAUGUCAUUGAACGUGCCAACAACACCGAAUACGGUCUCGCUGCUGGUCUCCACACCACUUCAAUCUCAACCGCUAUGCGUGUUGCUAACGCUUUACAAGCCGGCAGUGUUUUCAUCAACGCUUACCACAUCUACGCCGACUCUAUGCCAUUCGGAGGAUACAAGCAAUCCGGUAUUGGACGAGAGAAGGGCAAAUACGGUCUUUUGGAAUACCAACAAGUCAAAUCCAUCUACGUUAACUUGGAUUAA